AUGGGUUCGAUUUCACACCACGAUUUUCAAGGAGGGUGCACUAAACCCGAGGAAGAGGAGGGACAGAGCAUUGGGGAAGACACGCAGUCGUUCCACGGUGUCGGUGUGUGCAAAUGGUUCAAUGUGCGCAUGGGUUUCGGCUUCUUGUCCAUGAACAGUAGAGAGGGAGUGCCGCUUGAAGCUCCAGUCGACGUGUUUGUCCACCAGAGUAAGCUACAUAUGGAGGGGUUUAGGAGUCUGAAGGAAGGUGAGGAAGUUGAGUUUACCUUUAAGAAGUCUUCCAAGGGCCUGGAGUCUGUGCGGGUGACAGGGCCUGGAGGAGCACACUGUAUAGGUAGUGAAAAGAGACCCAAAGGCAAGAGUGCUCAGAAACGCCGCUCCAAAGGAGACAGGUGUUACAACUGUGGAGGUUUAGACCACCAUGCGAAAGAGUGCAAGCUGCCUCCUCAGCCAAAAAAGUGUCAUUUCUGCCAGAGUGUUUCGCACAUGGUUGCCAACUGCCCCAUCAAAGCCCAGCAGUCCUCACUGAGCUCUCAGGAAACACCUUUCUCUUUGAAGGGAGAGGAAGAAAUGGAUAAUUAUUCCCCUCCACCCCCAGAGAUCAUCAAUUGA